GAAGCUAACAAGGUUUCAAAUUAUGCAGUUUAACACUGAUACAGAGUAUGUGAGCAUUUCCAAUCAUAUAUAUCUAGAAAAGUCCUAGCCGAACAUUCCAAAAUCCGUAGCUUGAGCAACCUCUGGCAGCCCUGACCCGGCCAAUGUGCGCUGUUGUUCCGAAAGCUUAAGUGCACCACACGGCUUGCCAAGCGUCUUGCGUGUCUCGCGAUUUCUGCGAGAGUCAAAAUGCCUAUACCGACAAGUUGAAAGAAAAAAGGUGAGCGAGAAAAGAGCAACUCAACUGCUCCACACACACCGGGCGGAGGCCCCCAGCCAGCAGACCUGGAGACACGGGCCAGUCAGCAGCAGCACGGUGUGCAGUGCAGAAUAUCGCCGACAGCCGCAUUGAUCGGGUGUUGUUUGUGGUACGUUGCUCCCGCUUCUUACGAGUUUACGAAGUUUUGUUUUUUUCUUCUCUGAUUUGAUCUUAUUAGGUGUUUGUUUUAUCUUAUUUUUUUUGCCAGAAGCAGUACACUAAAUUGGAUGGUACUCGUCUCGGUUUGUUUUCGAUUAAGUGGUCUUUUUCUUUGAUUACGACGACGUGCAGGAAACUUUUGAAAGUGGUGUUAUUUUGGCAAACUUACAAUAGUACCAAAGAAAACAGUGAAAUUUUGCGCGGUGCAAUUCAGUGGUGAUUCAAAAUAAGCGCAGCUUGGUACAACAGUCAGUCAGUCGGUGGUGAGAUCGUAAUUGCGGCGCGGUUUUCUUCCUUCGGCUAUUUUGGGGAAGCUUGAUGUGUUUGUAAAAGUGAAACAAAAACCAAUGAAUAAGUGAUAAACCUGGGAUAGGAGAAAAGUUGGCGAUCAACGACCGAAAGCGAAAAAUAUCAUCAUAAAAUAAAGAAAGAUAAAGAUAUCGCUUUGGAGUGUGCUUUAUGAUCUGUAAGUGAAAAUCGCAGCCCGCAGCUCGAAAAGAAAAAAAAAACGUAGAAAAGUGCCAAAAAUUGGAAAGUUAAAUUGCUGCUCUUGUGAAUGGGGUUUUAAAACCGUAAUCGAUUCAACGCCUCUUCUCGAAGUCGGGAACGCCAUCGCAGCGCAUCGCGCACGAGACGAGGAUCAGACGACGAUCUAAUUCUUCCAAAAGCCGCGCACAGCGAAAUUCGGUGUGGAUCAUAGCGCACAAAGCAGGUCGAUGAUGAAUCAUAUCUACACGGAAUCACCAAUUUGAAACAACUAACCCACCCCCCAUACGCACCCACCACUCAAAGAACCGAAAACGAUCGCUCGCUCUAACCACCACGAGUCAUAUCACAGCUCGCACGAGACCAAUCAGCGCCGGGGCUCUGUCUGAUCUGUAAAAGCGAAGGGUGAGUGGCACUAAAGGCGAACUAUUCCCCCGGAUGUUCAGACCAGGACUAGAGAGCGUGCUCGUUGGAAACCGAUCGAGACCGUUGCAACGUUGACCGAGCGUCGACAACUGCACCACGUAGACCAACGACCCACGGAAAGGACGUACCUGCACCGAACGGUACCGAAAGCCCUAGGUCCUUCCAAAAAGCAAAACAAAGUGUGUAAUUUCUUGAUACUGGUAUCACAUCUUCAUCUCGCACCCAUCGGGUAUUGUUACUUCGCUUAACCAUUGAGAACUGGCGGCAGUCAGCGCUUGCUGAAGAGAGGUGUGAACACACGCGCGCGCCAUCAAUAGUGUCGUCGUCGUUGUGCAGCUCCCGAAGAGCAACCACCAGCUCCAUAAACAUCCAUGCCUUUCAAUAUAGCGGACUUUCGUGUGAGUUGAAGUUUCAAUAAAAUGGGCCAGGAGAAAUCGCUGCCCUCCAGAUGUACUUCCGCACAUGACUACCGCCAUCACCACCACCACCACCAUCACCACCACACAUCUUUGGCAUCUUCAACGGGAUCAAAAUCUUCCGGUGCGCCCUCCCGUUCACCUUCUACUGCUUCAACGACUUCCUCGGCAUCAUCAGCCUCUGCAGCCUCGUCCUACAAAAGUGUCGAGCGCCAAACCAAAUAUCUCAACGAGCACUUGUAUAUCAAGUCCUACCUGGACAUAGAGGAAGAGGACCGGAACGCCAAACUACUGUUCCAAAAAGUGCGACCCGGCGGUAUACGAAACUACACGCCGAAAAUACUCUCCGAAAACAACAAAAAAGAUCUUGAUGUGUGGAUAUAGCGGACCGGCAACCCUCACGUACGCUGACACUAUCACCUGAAUCGAAGCUGCUUAUAGGAAUACCUAACUACUGUAUAAACGACUCUUUCUCUCUAUCGCCGGUCUUGUCAACUCUUCUACAAUCGCUCUACCAUUCUCACCACAAUCAUUUGGCAAACCUGCUUGCUACACUAGUUCUCUCGUGCAAUGGCUCUUGGACUCGCUUCUGUAGCGGCAGUAGCUGGAGGACUCACGCACACCCCGAUAGCACUACUGACUCUCAUACCACUUAUAGCUGUAGGAGUCAAUUACUAUAGAUACCAAAGUGUAGAUCCGGAAUCGAACCCCAUCGACCAACAAUCACUAAGACCUUACUAUGACUUUAUCGUCAUUGGUGCCGGAUCGGCUGGUGCCGUCAUGGCCUCGCGGCUCUCAGAGAUAGGAGACUGGUCUGUGUUACUACUGGAAGCUGGUGGCGAUGAGACGGAGGUAACCGACGUUCCAUCCUUAGCCGGUUACCUCCAGUUGACGGAAUUUGAUUGGAAAUAUCAGACGGUGCCGCCGGGAGAUCGGCGGUACUGUCAGGCUAUGAUAGGCGAUCGAUGUAAUUGGCCUAGAGGAAAAGUUAUGGGAGGAUCAAGUGUGCUCAAUGCAAUGGUAUAUGUAAGAGGAAACCGGAGAGAUUACGAUAGCUGGCUAGAGCAAGGUAACAUUGGUUGGGGUUACGAAAACGUCCUGCCUUAUUUCAUCAAAUCGGAGGACAAUCGGAACCCUUACAUGGCACGGUCGCCAUAUCAUGGAGUUGGAGGAUAUUUAACUGUCCAGGAGGCACCCUGGAGGACACCGCUAUCGAUAGCGUUUAUCAAAGCCGGACAGGAAAUGGGAUACGAAAACAGAGAUAUCAAUGGAGAGGAACAGACCGGCUUUAUGCUGCUUCAAGCAACGAUGAGAAGAGGCAGCCGCUGCAGCACUUCUAAAGCAUUCCUACGGCCGGUUCGACUAAGGAAUAAUCUUCAUGUUGCAAUGCAUGCUCAUGUGACACGUAUACUGUUUGACAGAAACAAUAGAGCAUAUGGAGUUCAAUUCUCCCGGGACGGCAAGAAGCAGCUGGUUUUCGCCAAAAAGGAAAUCAUUCUUUCGGCAGGGGCGUUGAACACUCCUCAAAUCUUGAUGCUAAGUGGCGUCGGACCAGCUGACCACUUGGCUGAGUUUGGAAUUCCAGUGUUGUCAGAUCUUCCCGUAGGUGACAACAUGCAAGAUCACGUGGGACUUGGUGGUUUGACCUUCCUUGUUGAUGAACCCGUAACCGUGAAGACGUCUCGCUUCACAACUUUACCGGUUGCAUUUGACUACAUCUUCAACGAGAGAGGUCCAAUGACAUUCCCUGGAAUCGAAGGGUUGGCGUUCGUUAAUACCAAAUAUGCUGAUCCGUCUGGCCAGUGGCCAGACAUUCAAUUCCACUUUGGACCGAGUUCGGUAAACUCGGACGGCGGACAAAACAUUCGAAAGAUUCUUAAUCUUCGCGACGGGUUCUACAACACAGUUUACAAACCAAUUCAAAAUGCAGAAACCUGGACAAUUCUACCUCUACUGUUACGACCCAAAAGUACGGGUUGGGUGCGGUUGAGGUCACGGAAUCCUUUCGUGCCACCCGCACUCGAACCCAACUACUUCGACCAUCCGGAAGACGUAGCAGUUCUAGUGGAAGGUAUCAAAAUUGCGAUCAAUGUAUCGUACACCCAAGCGUUCCAACGCUUUGGGUCCCGUCCGCACAAAAUUCCCCUGCCUGGCUGUCGGCAUUUGCCAUUCAUGUCCGACGAGUACUGGGCGUGCUGCAUCAAACAGUUCACUUUCACUAUUUACCAUCCUGCCGGGACGGCAAAGAUGGGACCAAGCUGGGAUCCUGGCGCUGUGGUCGAUGCCCGGUUACGGGUGUAUGGAGUUUCCGGAUUGAGAGUAGUAGAUGCUAGCAUAAUGCCAACGAUCGUCAGCGGCAACCCCAACGCGCCGGUCAUCAUGAUCGCCGAGAAGGCCGCCGAUAUGAUCAAACAGGACUGGGGUCGUUGGUGACAGUGAGCAUCGUCUCGAAGAAAAUUCAUAUGUGCCUAACAUUUUUCGACUGUUGUGAAAAAUUGUGUACUUAACAAGAAGAUUUUCUUAAAAAUGUGAUAUUAUAGUGCAAGCGAGAAGCCACGUAAAAUAUCUGUCAUUGCAGCGGAGCAAGUUGCAGCCACCCACAAGAAUCGAACGGGAAAACGCCGAGAGACUAUAGUUUAAUCAAUUCCUACUAGUCAGCACUUACGAAUAAACUUAAGAGAUCGAAGUGUUACUGAAUGCAGAAUUUGAGAAAAUAGGAAAAUUUGUGUUACAAUUUUAGUUUGAUAAUGGUUUUUGUUUUAAAAAAUGCUGUUAUAGGACGAAGAACGUGACGUAAACAAUUUAGGAUUAAAGUGACGAUUAGUUUUCUAUUUAUGACGGAGUUGAUGACCUAUUGGUCCGGGUUAACUGUCACCUGGAGCAUGUAAAGUGAACAAAAAAAAAAACACUGAUGUAGACAAAUCUACAACUGGGAACCGUGACGGUUCCAACGAUUGAACAAAAUGUUACCAAUAAACAUGAAAACGAAAUGUUAA